AUGGUUAUGCUGUUUUAAGGCUAAUAAGUAAGAUUAUCAAAAUUAUGGAUAGUUUUCCUUAAGGUUUAAUAGGAUUUUGAGAUUAGUAUUAGAACUUGAUCUUAGUUUUAAGAUCAACGAGACUCAAUCUCAAUGUUUAUAAAUAAAGGACAAUCUUACAAAAAUGUAUAUGUAUAUUAAUAAUCAAUAAACUUUAUUUGUUAAUUUUUAUAAUUUAUGAUAAACUACUUAUGUAAUUAUUUAUCUGUAAUUAGAACAAAGUGACUAUUCUUCAUUCCCUUUUACUGAGAGACAAGUGAGCUAUCUAGUUUUAAAUUAGAUUAACUCAGAAUCAAAAACAAAAUUCAAAGAUGAAUUCAAAAAAACAAUCAAGAAGAAUUCACUAUUGCAUUCCAUGAGAUUGCUGAAAGAGCAUGAAGUAGAUGAACCCACGCCAAUAGCUACAGAGAAGUAAUUAUAAACUAAGAAAUUUAUAAAUUUAAAACCUUUAAAAAAGGCCAUAGAAAAAAUAACUCUUAUGAGAUAAGAACAAUUGAGCAGAAGAAAAUCUGCAUAUGGUGAGCAAUUUGGUGAGAUGACAGCAAAAUAGUUCCAAAAUCUUCCAACAACUAUUGAAUAACAUAAAUAAAUUGAUGGAUAAAGAUUUGCCUUAACAAGUUUUGCUGAUAUUUUAGAGAGAAAAAAAAGAAAAAGAACAACCAAAAAGCAAAGUCUCUUAAGAUAAUUAUCGAAGUAAGAAUCUUUGGUUGGUAUGAAUUAUCCUUAUCAUAAUAGAAUACGAUCAUUUGGAAAGACCUCCAUCUUGUAAGACUCCUCCAAAGCAAAUAAUUAUUAAAUAACAACUUAAAUCUCAAUUAGAGUUAACAAAAGAAAAACAAUUCAAAUAAUUUGAUAAGAAGAUGAUUAACUUUUUGUCUGGAAAGCCAGAAGAAGUAAAAGAAUUUGUACAAAGAAAAAAAGCUUAUACGAUAAACUAUUAAGUGACUACUCCUUAAUCUUCCUCGAUAACAGGAAAUCAUAGAAACUCAACACUUUUUCCAAGCUUACAUAUAAACAAAUUUGAUAGAUGCUAAACUAAUUAUUAUGAAUCAAAAUAUGCACCUUAACUUAGUAACCGUUAGAUUUAGAACAGAUCUAGACCGUAUAUUAAAUAUAAUAGGACCUUAAUAAAAUUCAUAAAGUCAGAGAUAAAGAAUAGUUCAUAAACAAUGCAUAAGUCGAUUUAUAAUUUAUGA